CACGCUGUCCGUUGUCGAUGAGAGAUUGCAUGCGUCGCUCCUUCCUCUCUUCAUCCGGGACAAGCUUUUAUGGCAAAGAGCGGUCGUCGUCUUUCUCUUGAGCGUCCCCCUAUUACUCUUUGAAAAUUCCGCCUCAAAAGAGAAGACGCUUUACCAAAUCUUUUGGGCCGUUAUCUCGCGGCAAAAUUUCUGUUUGGGUGUAUAACAGUUAUACAGAAGGUCCGGGAGUAGCACUCUACAGAGAACAGUUCGACUUCAACGCCGAGCCUCCUUGGGACCCCAGCUGAUAGUGGUGGUGUUCCAUCUCCCAACUUGUCCAUGGAUAAACAUGUUUUCGCAAAGAAGUAGGGUGGCACUGCCAAAUCAAGAGCCCGCCUGGAUGACGAAGUGCAGAGAGGUUUGUUGCAUAUUUUAAAACCCCGAUAUUGAAGGCUCGGUGAGGACCUUCACUUGGUGUUUGGUUUAGGAGCGUUGGCUUGUGGAUCACCCAAUGAUGAAAGGAUUUGUUGGACUUGAAGAAACCUACCCCUUUGACCUUCUGGAAGAAAAAACCACACUUAAUGAUGUUAUUGACAACCAUAUUCGUGACCAUACACUUGAGCAGACAGAAAGGAAUGCUUUUUUUGUUGCUGAUCUUGGGAAUGUUAUGAAGAAGAACAUUCGAUGGCAGAACGUGAUGACGCAUGUGAAACCAUUUUACUCUGUCAAGUGUAACAGCAGUCAAUCUGUAAUUGAAGUUCUGGCAGCUCUUGGAACUGGUUUUGCCUGCGCAAAUAAGAAUGAAAUAACACUUGUGCAAAGCUUGGGUGUUACAUCUGACAAUAUUAUCUACAUAAACCCAUGCAAGCAGAUUUCCCAGAUUAAGUAUGCCGCCAAAAAGGGAAUAAAUAUCAUGAGUUGCGAUAACGAGGCUGAACUUCUGAAAAUUGCACGUAACCAUCCCAGUGCCAAGCUCUUGGUAGACAUUGCAACUGCUGAUUCAAAUGAAGAAAAUGUGAUUGGUAUGAAGUUUGGAGCUACGUUGAAGAACUGCAGGCAGCUUUUGGAAACUGCCAAAGAACUAGGGAUUCAGGUGAUUGGUGUAAGGUUUUAUGUUUCAAGUUCAAACAGCAAUAUAGAGACUUAUCUGCAUGCAUUAGCUGAUGCUCGAUGUGUCUUUGAUAUGGCUAAAGAGCUUGGUUUUGACAUGAAUCUGCUGGACAUUGGAGGUGGGUUUUCUGGAACAGAUGGUGAAUUGCAGCUUGAAAAGCUUUUUGAUGCCAUUACUCCACUCCUUGAGAUUUACUUUCCCUCCGAAAAUGGUAUUAAAAUUAUUGCUGAACCCGGUAGCUACUAUGUGAAUUCGGCAUUCACUCUAGCAGUUAACAUAGUAGCCAAGAAGGCCCUUGCAAGAGAUUCACAGGAUGAGUCAGAAGUUUCGUCCAUGAAUGAUGAACCAUUCUUCAUGUAUUACAUCAGUGAUGGUGUUUAUGGAUCUUUUGUUAACAAUCUGUACGGAACUGUGAAUGCUAUUCCAAUUCUUCACAAGAAACCUAUUUCAGGAGAGCCAGUAUUUGCCAGUAGCCUGUGGGGACCAUCCUGUGAUGGGCUUGAUCAGGUUGUGGAGCAUUGUCUUCUACCAGAAUUAAGUGUCGGUGAUUGGGUCAUCUUUGAAAACAUGGGAGCAUAUACAUUAAAGCAGUCUACUUUUAAUGAGUUCCAGAAGUUGCCCAUUUACUGUGUGAUGUCAACAAGCGAUUGGUGUUGGAUGCAGGAAGUUGGUUUAACCUUGGAAACAUCUGUGAAGAACUCGUGUGUGCCUUCUUGUUUUCAGUUCAGCCGGGAUGGUGGUUUUCCAGCUACUAGUUUGUCUGGCAUCAGUGUUUAAGUUAUGGAAUUGCAGUUCUGUUCAGUCGCAUGUCUGGUUGACAUUCCAACAUGGAAGGAAACCAGUGGAACAAGCCUGCUUUCUUAAUUUUUGUUAAAAUUUUAACUUGAACACUUGAAAUAGUUAAUCGGGACCAGGCAGAAAUCGGCUAGAAUAACUACAAGUGGUCAUGUGGAAAAAAUUAACAUUUUAACCAUCUGAAAUGAAGCCUGUGAGUUGAUGUAACUUUUUACUUUCUCCCCCCCCCCCUCCCUCUCCCUCCCCCCACAAACCAACAAUAAAAUAUGCAACAAAAUGGAUGACUUGGAAGAGGUGGAAACCUUUCACAGGGUUCCCUGCUUAAACAGUUUACAUAUACACAUUUUUUAUACAGAUAUUCUUGUUAUAGAUGUCUUGAGGUUUUCAUUUACCCAUUUUAACAGAAUAACCUGAAAGAUUUGAUGUGUAAAAUGUUUAGGAUGUGUAAAAUAUGUGCUUCAUUCUGUAGUUUAAUAAAUGUAAAAUUGCAGCAAACUUUA